UGCAAAGAAUGGGACGCGAGUGGAAGAAAGCCAAAAAGAUCGGCGAGGGCUUGAAACGAGCAAAACACGAAGUGAUCAAGCGGAGAGAGACUUCAGCCAAGUAAGUACAUGCAUGGGACAUGGGAGAUGCAGUGGGUGUUUCCUAUAACGAUGGCUCUAUUUUCUUCUCUUUGUCUCUGUCUCUGUCUUUUUCUCUUUUUUUUUAUUCAUUUUUUUUUUGUUUCAUGUGUCAGCCUACAAUUCCCUGUUUAUAUUUCCUACAUUAUGAUUCCCCCCCCCCCCCUCUUUUCGCCAGCGACGCCUGUAUUAGAUUAUCCUGCUUGGCUUGGUUUUGCUGUUAUUCUUGUUCCCUUGAGGGCGUCUGGGAUUGCAUGAUUUGUGCCCUUGUACGGGUAGCACGAAUACAAUACGUAAGGAAGGAAGGAAGGAAGGAAGGAAGUUUUGUUUUUUUUUUUUUGUUUUUUAUAUUCAAGUUGGAUGAUGUGCAUAUUUUACAAUGAGAGAUGUCAAUUUGCCUUUCCCCCCCCUCUCCUCCCGUCUCUUCUCUUGUCUUCUAUAGUCUUCUAUAGUCAAGAGUUUUAGUUUCUGAUGAUGACAGGCCUGUCGCUGGGCUCUAUUCUAUACCUUUAUUCUCUCAUUGUGCUAUAUGAAACAGGGCUAGCUACAUGAUAUGACAUAUUGUUAGUUUAUAUAUAUACCCAGAAUAGAGGAAUAACAA